CAGCAAAGUCAUGUACUGUAUUUUGACCAUCAGGUGGCAGUAGUAGACUGGAAAGUAGUAAAAGACUACCAAACGAAGAAAUGACGCUCGUGUCAUGAGACUCAGCAGUGGGAUAAAUGAAUGCGGAGGUCAUGUAACGUCCAGUGUCCACUAUGUGUAUGUUGUACCCCACUUUGUGGCUUUGUCUCUAUGGCUUCUUUUGCAACCUGCGGCCGUCGGAGCCUUUCCUCACUGCCUACUUGAUGGGGCCAGAGAAGAACCUGACUGAAGCGCAGGUCGUCAGUGAGAUCUACCCAAUAUGGACAUACUCUUAUCUUGCUUUGCUGUUCCCCAUCUUCCUGGUCACGGACUAUCUCUGUUAUAAGCCUGUGUUACUGUUGCAGGCAACUAGCUAUGUAGUAACCUAUGUGAUGCUGCUCAAGGCUGAUGGCCUUCUGGCCAUGCAGCUGCUGGAAUUUUUCUUUGGACUUGCUACAGCCUCAGAGAUUGCUUACUACUCCUACAUCUACAGUGUGGUGGAGCCUGCCCACUAUCAGAAGGUGACGGCCUACUGCCGCAGCGUCACUCUAUUUGGCUCGGCUGCUGGCUCGCUGACCGGCCAGCUCCUCCUGUCUUUGGCCGAAGUACAGCUGGUGCACCUCAUCUACGCCACGCUGGCAUCCGUUGCCAUAGCCUUUGUUGCCCCUUGGUUUUUGCCCAUGCCCAAACGGAGCCUGUUUUUCCACAAUAAUCCUGAGGCGCAAAGUAGCGUCACGGGUGCUCUGAUUAGGAAUGGUGACAAGUCUGAGAGCGAGAUGCCUCUACACCACAAGGGAAUCUCCAAGGUGUCCCUGUCUUCCGAGAAGACACAUAGAGGCCAUGGUCUCUGGGAGGUCUUAAAGAUGUUGUUGACUGACUUCCUGCACUGUUACAGACGAGGUCCCCUAUUAGCGUGGUCGGUCUGGUGGGCACUGGUCACCUGUGGAUACUUUCAAGUGGUCAACUAUGCACAAGCACUGUGGGAGAAUAUCCGCCCAUCUCAUGAAUAUGUCAUAUACAACGGCUACGUGGAAACAAUGUCUACUCUCCUAGGGGCUGUUGCUGCUCUGCUGGUGGGUCAUCUGCCUGUGAGCUGGACUGUGUGGGGAGAACUAGCUAUGUGUCUCCUCUCUCUGCUCAUGGCAGCAUGUUUGCUCAUCAUGGACAUGCUGCCAAGCAUCUGGCUGUGUUACGGCUCCUACAUCCUUUUUAGAGCCACCUAUAUGCUGCUAAUCACUGCUGCCACGUAUCAAAUAGCUGCAAGUCUUGACAUGCAGCGAUAUGCCCUGGUGUUUGGUGUCAACACUUUCCUGGCGUUGUUGCUGCAGACCUCACUCACUCUGCUGGUGGUUGACUCGGCCGGCCUCGGUCUUGACAUCUUUACCCAGUUCUUCAUCUACAGUGGCUAUUUUGCUGUGAUCUCCGCUAUCCUCCUCUUGGCCUGGCUCUAUAAAUUGGCCAGGAGGAGGAAAUCUGAUGGAGAUGUCCUGUCACAAAGUCCAGCAGACUUGGACAGCCUAUGAAAUAAUGUCAUGACAGAUUGACUAUUUUUGUCACGGCACUAUUGCCUUAUCUGUUACCUUGUUGGAAAAUGUUGACUUCUGACUAGGUAAGUGAACGAGAACUUGAAGCUUCAUUGUUCAUGCUCGUGAAUUCUGGGAAAAAUCGAUUUAUUCCCACUUGAGUAGUCUGAGUGUCCUUAGAAAGAGACCAUACAAGUAUAUUUUAUGCUACUACUACUAUUAAGUGCCAUUGAACCCUCUGGUGUGUAAAUAUAUUUUGAUAUCUGUGUUAUUUGUCAGGACUGCUGACAGUAAAAAGUGUGUAUUCAAAAAACAAAACAAAAAAAAAACCUUAAUCCUAUGUUUUUGGUAUACAUCCUGUAAUGUUGGUUUUUAUUCUGAACAUGUAUAAAAAGGUAACAUCAAAGUAGAUUACAUUUUUUACAGGUACACAAUUGAAGUUGUCUUAAAGAUUAGGGAGAAGUAGAUUUUGUUUAAGCCUACCUUUUCUCUGUGUUGCAGCACUACUGAUCAUUUGUUUACUUCCUGUGUUCACUGUGUUUACUUAUUUAUAGUAAAAGAAAAAUGAGCUAUUAUGUAAUUUAUUUAUAUAUGUAUAUAUAAAGGAUGACAGACACAUAGUUUGUUAAAGAAUUACAAGUUGACUGAAGGUUCGACCUCUGAAGCUCCCAUAUGAACAAUCUCGUCUUCCUGAAUACAGCAUCAAGCAUUUUAGUUUUGGCCAUCAGGUGGCUCAACCACACAACUCUUGUCACUGUUAUGAGUUUACUUCUGCCACUCAAAUCUCAACACAGUUCUGUCAAAAAAAAAAAAAGAUCAUCUGUUUCAUUAUGAAGAAAACUAUGAUUAAUAAAAAUAAAACAAUUUUUUUA